AUGGAGGACCGAUCAAAUGGGACUGGGGCGUCCGGCACGCCAUCCCCUCAGCCAGACCUGCACCGGAACCGACUGCCGACUCUGUUCGAGGUGUUGAGCCGCCGUACCCUGCCUCCCGUCGACCUCUUCUCCUUCUAUAUCUUCAUGAGAGACCAGCAAAAAUCCGUCGACUAUCUCGAUUUCUGGCUCGAUGUUGCUCAGCACAUGUCUCUUUGCCGGCACUAUGUGCGCGAACUUCGAAGAUCCGUCCUCAUCGGAACACCUGAUCUGGACAAGGCAGGCUCCAAGCGGUCUUCCGCAAUCUUGGAGGGUCUCGGGGAGAUGAGCCACAGCGCUGCUGGGCCUUCAAUGUACGCCACAGAGAAGGAGAAGAACCAGGACGCCCAGAUGUCUGCCUACCUGAGAGAGGAGGCCCACGAGGACUCCCCCAAUAGCGGCAGCGGAGCCUUCAGCAGUACCCCGCGUGACAUGACCGACUCCAACUCCCCGGCUCACACCGUCGCGAGACAGGAUAUCCGCGCUUCUGCAGAGAAGAUCCUAUAUACCUUUCUUCUCCCCGGCGCCGAACGCGAGAUCAUCCUGCCGGGAUCCAUCACCCAGGACGUCACCACCGCUAUAGAGGACUUUGGCAGAGAUGACCCGGAGGUUUUCGACGUUGCCAAGGACUACGUAUUCCAGGCGAUGGAACGCGAUGCCUUUCCCAACUUCCUGAGGAUGAAGGCUCUUGGCAACCUCAUCCCGACUACUCUUCAGAUCAGAAUGAUUCUCGGCCUCUUGUCCAUGUUUGGCGGCUUCUGGGCCGGCUUUAUUCUCAUCUUCCUUGAUGCUGAUCGCUUGACAAGAUGCUGGCUUAUCCUCCCAUUCACCAUUGGUGUCUAUUUCCUUGCCUCCUACCAAUACUCAUUGGACCCCGUGCUUGCUCUUAUCGGCUUGAGUGAGUACACGCCAUUCAACUUUUCGAAAAUCCGUGAGCCUUACGUUCGCAAUCUCCUCAUCAAGCGGGCCGUCAUGGUUCUCUCUGUCACACUUUUGAUUGACGCAGCGCUCUGUGUGCUUUUCAUCCUUGUCCCAGGCAAGCGGCUUUAA